CUUGAGAAGAAGAACGUGAGUGAUGUUUAAUUUUUCCACUGAGUCAUUCACAGAAAUAUCAGAGAUGAAAAAACAAGACACAGAAGAGUCUGCCAGCCAGGCCAGUGAGGAUGCUCCACCUACAGAUGGAGCGGAGGGAGCCGAGUCACCUGCAGCUGCGAAAGACAGCGAGGACAGCAGCAGCAGCCCCAAAGAGUCUGAACCACAGACGCCACAGACAGACACACCACCGCAGAGUGACGACGCAGGAAGCGAGGUUGCAGAGGCAGCGUUAUCUCAGUGCGACAAGGCUGAAGAGCUGAGCAGGCAGCUGGAAGACAUCCUCAGCACUUACUGUCGGGAAGCCAUUUCAGACGACGCCGGCACGCUGCCCAACGGCCAAUCGCACAGCCUGGAGCUCAACGGCCUCACUAACGAGAGGGACUACAAGCCGGAGGGGGGCAAAGUCAACGGGGGCGACAGCAGAGUGGAGAAGGAGCAGAAGAAAACUCAGGAGAAGAAGAAAGUGAAGGGACUGGGUAAAGAGAUCACCCUCCUCAUGCAGACUCUGAACACACUGAGCACCCCAGAGGAAAAGCUGGCAGGUCUCUGUAAGAAGUAUGCAGAACUGUUGGAGGAGCACCGUAACACCCAGAAGCAGAUGCGAGUGCUGCAGAAGAAGCAGAACCAGCUGGUCCAGGAGAAAGACAACCUGAGGAACGAACACAGCAAGGCCAUCCUGGCGCGCAGCAAGCUGGAGAGCCUCUGCAGGGAGCUGCAGAGACACAACCGCACACUCAAGGAUGAAGGGAUGCAGAGAACUCGUCUGGAGGAGGAGAAAAGGAAGGAGGUGACAUCUCAUUUUCAGGUGACGCUGAAUGACAUCCAGGCUCAGAUGGAGCAGCACAACGAGAGGAACGCCAGCUUGAGACAGGAGAACACAGAGCUGGCCGAAAAGCUCAAGAAGCUCUAUGAACAGUACAAGCUGAGGGAAGAGCACAUAGAUAAAGUGGUAAAGCACAAGGACCUGCAGCAACAGCUGGUGGACACCAAGCUUCACCAGGCUCAGGAACUGCUGAAGGAGUCAGAGGAUCGCCACGACAGAGAGAAAGACUUUUUGCUGAAAGAAGCCGUGGAGUCUCAGAGGAUGUGCGAGCUGAUGAAGCAACAGGAAGUUCACCUCAAACAGCAGCUGUCACUGUACACGGAGAAGUUCGAAGAGUUCCAGACCACUCUGUCCAAGAGCAACGAAGUCUUCACCACAUUCAAACAGGAGAUGGAGAAGAUGACUAAAAAGAUCAAAAAGCUGGAGAAGGAGACGGCCAUGUAUCGCUCCAGAUGGGAGAGCAGCAAUAAGGCUCUGCUGGAGAUGGCAGAGGAGAAAGCAGUGCGGGAUCGUGACUUCGAGGCGCUGCAGGGUAAAGUCCAGCGGCUGGAGAAGCUGCGGAGGGCGCUCAAAGUGGAACGCAACGAGCUCAACAAGAAGGUGCAGAACCUCAGCGGUCAGAACGGCAGCGGCGGCGGUGGUGCGGCAGAAGCCCCCAUCUCCGACCCUGGAACCGACUCCCCCUCCCCUCCUCCCCCCACAGACUCUCUGCAGCUGGAAGGCAGCUUAGAGCCCAGCAGUAGCAGCCGCCCUGCCCCCACCCCCGCCCCCGACAGCACCUCCUGCUCCCACUCCUGCCACUGUGAGCCAGAACUGGACGCGGUCGCCCUACUAGAAGAGGCUCGCCCUCAGCCCGUCGUCGCGCAGGAAUGAAGCUUCUCACGAGAGAGGAGGGCAGGGGUUCCUCUCCUCCUCCUCCUCCUCCUCCUCCUCCUGCGUCAAGCCACCAAAACAAUAAAGCCACCAGCCCUGCAAGCCACUACACCUCCUGCUGGAUGAAGCUGAUGUUAGAAUUGCUGGUCUAGAAGCAGAUCAGUCAGUCAUACACCUUUUUUUUAUAUGUUUUAGGCAGAAUAAUCAGCCCUGCGGUCCUGCUCGUACAACUCGGCAGGCUUUAAUAAGGCGAUGGGAAGAUUGUGCCUCAUCUGUCAGUACAUGUACAUGCACAUUAGAACUCAAAUACUGCAAAUAUAACCACAUUAAGAUAGUUUGAUUUAAAGCAUUUCCCCAAUAAUCACAUUCUUAACUUUAUAUAUAAGAGUUUGGUGAACAUCCUCAAGCCUAAAGGAAACAUCUUAUCACUACACUAUAGAAGAAGAAAAGGAAGUGAUUGUAUUCGGUGCUUCAUUCACAAUGUCAUUCAUUAGUUGCAAAAUAAUUAAUGCUGACGCCCCAAAAAGCUUACAUAGACAUGCUGCUUUCAGUCUACACACUGACACUCAUCAGAUUCAUGGUGUAAACAUAUCACAGCUUGUUAUCUUUCUCAAUUUCAACCUCAUUUUACACGAUCAGUAAUAAUCUACUUAUCAUGGUGCGUGUAAAUGCACUGACCGCCUCUAAUGUUGUGAUGUUUUUACUUCACAUUCCCCCCUCCCCCUUUUUUUUUUUGACCACAGAACAGCUUGGCGAGUCAUCAGAGGCUGAAUGAUUGGUAUAGGUGUGUGUGUGUGUAGGUGUGUGUGUCAUUUGCAUUUUUUCAGUGUGGUUGAAAGGGGUUCCAUUCAUAGCUUCGCAGUAUUGUAAAAGGUGAAGUCUUAACAGAGAUGUCAAAUAAUUUAGUCAGUAUAAUUCUUAAUAACAUUAAAAAAAAAUUACCAUCUUACAUAUCCUGUUAAAUUAUUGAAGGAAAUUUCUCACUGUCUUUUUUUUUUUUUUCUCUCAUUCCGUUUUCAAUUGUUACUCUUUUAGGGGAACAUUCCUUUAAUUUUCUUGUUUGCAUUACACUUCUUUCAUUGAGGUCUGUAUUUAUUGUUUGAAGCAUAAUCUCUGUGUAUCUUUUUAAAGAGCACCACUGUAUAAAAAAGGUUUAUUUUGUAUUAAUUUACAUAAUUUAAAUGUGAAGUUUUCAUUCCUGACCUUUCUGACUUCCGUUUUUCUCAUCGCUACAUGUUUGUUUCUUACAUGUUCUGCAGUCAGCUUACAACCUCGCAAUGAUGACCACUUUAAAAUCCAUCUUCGUAAGUGUGUGUGAAUAUGUGUGUGUGUGUGUGUCACUCACUUGGCUAUGAUUGUCUCAUCCCCAACUCCUCCCUGGGUAAUUGCAGUAGCUAGUAAUCAGGUUUUAACAAAGAGAAUGUUCAAGGACCUCUAUGCAACGCUUUGCCUCCUGGUUUUAUUCUGUGGCAGUCUGAACUGACAAGCACUUAACUGAGAAUGUAUACUCAUCAUAUCCACUGUCCUGCAUGGAUGUACUCUAACAACACAUCUCACAGCAGAACUCUAUUUUUUUUUUUCCCUGCUUAAGUUUGAAGCCUGUUAUUUAAACGUAACACCAUGCGUCUCCUCCCCCCGGUGCUUCUAAAAGUUGCAGCAUCUGAGCCGAAACGCGGAAGGAAAACUGAGAGCGAAUGUGUUGUGGGUCUUCUGAGUGGUUGUUUCUCUUCACACAUUCAUUCUUAUGUACUACUUUAAUAUGUAGCACUGGUAACAAGGUGAUAACUUCAGUAGAAAUGGCGAACUUUAUUUCUUCCAUUGUACCUCCGGUCCUGCAGUGGUGAUGGAGGUUCAUUGACCAUGAGAAGGAACCAAAGAUGUUUCCUUUUUUUUUUUUUUGUCUUUUGCAGUACUUUUAUCUGGCCCUGUAUAUUUUGUUUCUUGUUAAAUAAAAGAUGU